AUGGACGAGGUAACAUUCAUGAUGAAGGGGGCCAAGGACGAAAGUCGGUCGCAAAUGAGGACCUCGUUGAUCGAGUUGACCAAACUUGGACAUUUUAAGAGCCAUUUGAGGACCCACACUAAAGAAAAACCAUAUUCCUGUGAAAUUUGUAAAAAGUCAUUUUCUCAGAGCGGAAGUCUAAGGACGCAUUUGCGAACACAUACUAAAGAAAAACCAUAUUCUUGUGAAAUUUGUCAAAAGUCAUUUUCUCAUAGCAGAAGUCUAAGGACCGGAAGUCUAAGGACGCAUUUGCGAACACAUACUAAAGAAAAACCAUAUUCUUGUGAAAUUUGUCAAAAAUCAUUUUCUCAUACCGGGAACUUAAGGAUGCAUUUGAGGACACACAUUAAAGAAAAACCAUAUUCUUGUGAAAUUUGUAAAAAGUCAUUUUCUCAAACGGAAAGCCAUUUGAGGACCCACACUAGAGAAAAACCAUAUUCAUGUGAAAUUUGUAAAAAGUCAUUUUCUCAGACGGGAAGUCUAAGGACGUCAUUUUCGGAGGGUGGAAGUUUAAAGAAGCAUUUGAGGAGCCACACUAAAGAAAAACCAUAUUCUUGUGAAAUUUGUCAAAAGUCAUUUUCUCACAGCGGAAGUCUAAGGACGCAUUUGCGAACACAUACUAAAGAAAAACCAUAUUCUUGUGAAAUUUGUCAAAAGUCAUUUUCUCAUAGCAGAAGUCUAAGGACGCAUUUGCGAACACAUACUAAAGAAAAACCAUAUUCUUAUGAAACUUGUCAAAAAUUGCCUCAUCGUUAA